GAGUUUCCACAGGCAGCGGUGCUGUCUGUGGCCUCUGCUGUGGGCCUGGGCGCGGAUGUGGAGGCGAGAGGAGAGUGAGGGGAGGGCUUUCUGAAGCCAAAGGCUCGGCGCCCCGGCGGCUCCAGCGCCCGGGGCUGGGGGAGGCCGCGGGGCGGCCGGCCGGGCCCCCGGAGCUGCUCGGAGGUCCCACCCACUCCCUGGAAGUCGCCCGACUGCUCUCCUGGAAAAGCAAGGGAGACGGGGGCCGAAAAGCCCACUGGAAGGCGCGGGAGGGAGGACUCUGAGGUCAGCCCGGUACCCAGGAGGCUGGUCACACGUCUGCUCUCCGGGACCGCCAGAGGCUGACCUUAACUUCGAAUUCACCCUGCCCACCUGGGUAACGGCGGUCGUGGAGCAUGCGGGUACAGGAGAAGCAAGCGCAAAAUUAGCAUCCUUCUACAAAAACUCAGGAAUAGGAGAGUGCUGUUCCAUCCAGGAUGGAACUGUGUCCUUACUGUAAGAAGCCAUUUAAACGAUUGAAAUCCCACUUGCCGCACUGUAAGAUGCUAGGAGCAACUAUGCCUGCUGAUCAAGAAAUUCGUCCGUGCGAGCCGGCUACACGCCCACGUGGUAAAAAAAUCGAAGCGCCAAUCAGAGACCCAAUUAAAGCAAAAGAGAAAGAGUUAGGGACAAACAGUAAGAAAAGAAAUCCGGAACUGAAAGGGAACAAUUCAGAACGGACAGUCAAGUCCUCUUCAGCACUAGCUGUUGGUUUGGAAAAAGCAAGUCAUAACAAGGCUGAUGAAGACGUCAAGAGUCAAGUUAAGCCCUCCCUCAAAAUGUUAAAGGCUACUAAACCAAAGGUUCCUUUCCAGGGAGAAACUACAGCUCAGUUUUCUGCGUCAGAAAACACCAGUUCUACAAAAGAACUUGCCAAAGCUUUGCCUCAGUCAGGAGAAAGUGGAGAUAACCCUUCAGAGGUUGAAGCACCUUUACCUCCUGUCCCAGUGGCACCUUCUCGGUCAAAUCAUGACAGGAAAUAUUCUUUAACCUUACUUAAUGAUGUACAAGCCACUUCAGCUGAUUUAAGACUGGACAGAGUGGAUGCCUCAAGACAGAACCUUCUCGUAAAAUUAUUUGAUACACCUCUUGGUGAUGGUCAUAGUUCUCCCAUGAAUUGCAGUCACAAGGUUCAAAGAGGAAACAAGUCAUCGUCAGGCAGAGAAAGAGAUUCCAAGGCUGAGGAUCACCUCUUAGGAGCCUCUACUGACAGAGAGUUCAGGACUCUGGCAAAGAACGCAGAAUCACAGAUUGCUACUUUUAAACUUAAUCCCUUAGGUGAAAGCCAGGGCAGGGAGAACCAGGGAAAAACACUCCACCUUGGAGCAGAGACAUAUGGGAGCCAAGGAGGUGUGGAGAAAAGUAUAUCUAUGACAGGAAGGCAGGAUUGGGCUUCCCUGAGCCAUGAUUCAGUCACGGAGAAGAAACCUCGAGACAGAGGUCCCAGUUUACACUUGCUCCCACUAACGGGCACAACUUGCCCAGAGCAUCUCCCUCUAGCACAGUCAUGUAACCAGAGUCCCACCUCUCUGGCUAUAAAAUUUCUCCAGGAAGAGAAAGCGGAAGCCGACAGCCAGAAUCGAGUCCCUGCUGUGAAGGCGUUGAUGGAGGGUGAGGAGUGGGCUUCUCUGACAACUAAGUUGGGCUCUCAGCCCCCAGCAUCGCGCCCCCGGGGGCUGCAGUCCGCACGUUCAGCCCAGCACCAUGCUUCCAGAAGCCCCUUGCCCGGUCAGAGCCUGUCGAGCGCCCUGGGGCUGGAGUGGUUUCCAGAGCUCUAUUCUGGUUAUCUCGGCCUUGGGGUGCUACCAGAGAGGCCCCAGCGUUGGAGCAGCCUGGCCCAGAAGCCCCUGCUUGUCAUCAGUCCCCAGGGCGAGAGACUCUCCCAAGUUCCUUGGUUGGAAAGAAGCUCGACGGCAGUAAGGAGCUUGGACGCCCCGGCCGGCUCCUCUCUCAGGAGGCUCCUGGGAGCUGUCCACUCAGGCUGGAUCCGGUGCCGCACCACGGUGAGGAGCGGAGUUGGUGGCCUCACCUUGCUCUUCGCCGGCUGCUUCGUCCUCGGCUGCAGCUGGAGCUUCAAGCAUCUGAAGCUGCAGCGCUGGCCUAAGCAGCGCUGGCCUAAGCAGCGCUGACCUAGACGCCACAUGGGGAAGCUGGUGCUCCGAGUCGAGGACGGUGGGGACACUGCAGAGCGCGUUUGAAGAGCGGAAAACUGUCCUGGGGGCAGGGAGAGGGAGCGGAAAGAAUAAAAUUACUGGAAUCUAACCGUUCUGGAGGAAGCCAGGUUGUUGUUUUUUUAAUGUGGACAGCUCUGGUUCUCUCUGGAUAUUUCUUUUGGCUUGUUCUCAAAAGUGACUGAAAGUUUUGGAGAAAAACUUAAGGUUGUUUAAUCAUAAAGGCGGAUGUUAUUCAAGGAGACAGGGAGAUGACAGGAGCUCAUCAUUAAACAUUUUAAAUAGCUGUUUCCUAAUUCCUGGUAAAAAUAAUCUCAAUUCUAAAUCAUUUCUCCCCAAAACUGUUGUCUGUAUCUUGGCAUCGUCCUGUUCAUCCCUGCUGGAUACUGGUUCAGAAGAGCAUCUGAAGUGGCUAUGAGUCAGCUCACAUCAGACCCUUCCCCCUUGGGGGUGGGUGGGCUCCUCUGGGUCCUUGACCAGCUCUCGGCAGCUGUGAGGAACCAGCAGAGAGUGGGUUCAGAGUUGCAGGUGAACCUCUGAAAAAUCCUUGGUAGGUGGUUUUUUUUUUUAAGCUGAUUAAAAUAGCACACUCCACAGAAUGUUAAAUCACCUUUUCCGCAUCUGCAGUGAGUGUAGCAGUGGGCAAAUGGUUUCUGCUUCUCAUCUCUUCCUGGAAGUGUUUCAGAAUCCCACCCUUACACCCCCCAGGAAGCUGAAUGAAAUGUUCGCACAUUCCUCCCACUGCAUUAGGGCUGUGCAAGGAGGGUGGGCUUCGGGGUUGCUUCCCUGGUCAAAAUACUUGGUGUCGUUCCCGUUCUAUGACUUCUGCUUUGGACCCCAGACAAUAACUUGGAUAUACUGAUAAAGGCUUCGUGGAAAUCUAAUGUAGAUCACACAAAUGGAUAAGGUUUUCCAAUCCUUUUCCAGUAUCAAGGGUUGAUUAUGUCUCAGAUACAGAUGUGCUGCUAUUGAUGGACCAGUGAGUCUGUAUAUUUGCUUUGCUUCUGAUCCUCAGGCCAGAACACGCGUUCAGCCCCUCUUGCCCCCACUCCUCCAGAACUACAAGAAAGCAGGCGUGCUGUCGUAAAGCCAGCUCUCACGCAUUUGCGCCUCCCUUCCCCCCUCUUCCCAGAACUCGAUGCUGGCUUUAUCUCCCUUUUCUGUUCUUCAGUCCCCUGCCUCCCCGCCCUCUCUAAUUGUCCCCAGUGGGAGUAAUUUAAUUCUGCAUCAAAUUUUCCUGGUUAGGGAGAAGGUGUACUGGAAUUCUCCACGAGGAAGAAUUCACAGUUGAGGAAGAGUAUGGUAGAGGUAGAAGUAAAAUAGAGGCAGGUAGUUUAGUUUAGUGUGACUGAGAAUGUCACUGGACGCCGCUUUGGGAAGGGCUCUGUGGCCUUUCUUUGUAAAUGCUCCAGAAGAGACGCGCGGGGAGGAGGCCCUCCGGCAGCCGCGCUCUGCCUCACUCUGGGUCAGAGCCGCUCGGUGCAGAGGUGGGUGGGAAUGACCUCUGCGAGGGUCCUCUCCUGCCCCAGCAGGGUCAGCAGACCACGAGAGCCCACAGGCAUGAGCCAGAGCGUGGGCCUGUUCUGGGCCUGUUCGUACGUGAGGUCUCAGGGACACAGCCUGGGUUGUUGGUCAGGUGCGGCAGAGCUGAGCCAUCACAGCAGAGGCCGCAGAGCCUGCAGAGCGGAACGUGGUUCCGCUCUGGUCCUCCAUGGAAAGCCUGCUGACCCCCGCCCUGGGCUCCUGCGUCGGAGGGAUGAAGACCACUGGGGGUCCGCGCUAAAGCGUUUGGGGCUGGGACACGUUUCAGGAGGAGCUUUUCUGGACUUGGUACCUGUCGAGAUCAUUUUUGUCACUACCGUGAAGAAACCAGCGCGUUGGUGGGAGCUUCCCGAGGUGAGCAGCAGCACUUAGAUUUCUGCUUCCAGAGCAGCUGCAUGAAUUCCCCCAGGAAACACAGCCUGAGAGUCCGCCUCCCCUCCCCGCUGCAGCUGAGGUCACGGGACACCCAGGCUCCCCCGUCCUGGACUCCAGGGCAGGUCCCGUCCCCCGCCCGUGUUCCACAGCACCUGACCGCCCUGCUGUAACUCGUGUGGCCGGGGAAACGGGGGGUAUCCCUGCUGCCCACUUGAGAUUAAUCCUGCCUUUACUGCAGAGAGUAUGUUUUUCUAUAUAUAUAAAAAUUCUCAGCUAUUGCAAAUAAAAUCAGUUUGUUGUAUCCUAA